AUGCAUUCCUCUCUGAUUUUAUCUCUCCUUGUGGCGCUGGUCGCUGCAUCACCCAUCGACAAACGCCAGACGAUCCGCCUCAACGCAAAUGAAUUUGUGAAUGGCGGCUGUCGCGAUACGAUCCUAUUCUUCGCUCGGGGAACGACCGAGGGUGGCAACAUGGGUAGCGUAGUUGGCCCACCUUUGGCCAACGGGCUCAAAGACGCACUAGGUGAUGCCAACGUCGCUGUCCAGGGCAUUGACUAUCCGGCGGCUCUCGCGGGCAACUUUGUACGUGGAGGUGCCGAUCCAGGUGGCAUCCAAACCAUGGCCGAUCUCUUGACCCAAGCCGCGACACAAUGCCCGGAUUCCAAACUCGUCGCCAGUGGCUACAGCCAAGGAGCAGCACUUGUCCAUCGUGCAGUUGAAGAUCUACCACAGAAUGUGAAGGAUCAAAUGGUUGCCGCCGUCACGUUUGGAGAUACCCAGAACCAGCAAGACAAUGGACAAAUCCCCAAUUUCGAUCCGGCAAAGACCUUGGUCAUCUGUAAUGCUGGAGAUGCCGUCUGCAGAGGUACACUUACCAUCUUGCCAGCUCAUCUGGCCUACGGAGCCCGAGCUGAUGAGGGUGUUGACUUCAUUACUGGAAAAGUUGGUGCUGCAUGA